AGCCGAGGCGGCGGCGCGGCGGGAGUGGGAAGAGCACGAGAGGCGGAUGCGCUGCUGGCACGAGUUCCGACGCUCCGUCCGAACGUUGCUACGCUCCGCGACAGCGACGAUGGCGGACGUUCUAGCCAAAGCGCCAGGUCCGCUCGGCUGCGAGCGGCGGUGGCGGACGUGGAUGGGCUUCGACGCCGCCGACGUGCAGCUCUCGCCCGUCAGCCGCAAAUACGCGCGCACCCUCCGCUCGAAGCUGGACGGGUCCUCUAGCCAGCUUGGGGGGCCAAGCGGCGGCUUCCGUGGCGACUGCACCAACUACAACAACUACUAUUGGGAUUGCCGCUCCAUUGGCCACUUCCAGUCUGGGGAGGGCUCACGCGCCCACCGACGGCGGACCGCGUCGGAAAAGCGCGACCUCGGGCGCGACGCAGAGCUCGAGGGGCGCCGACGCGCUGAUGAGAGGCGCGCGCGGCGCGAGCAGGCGGCUAAAGCGCGGGUGGAGGCUGAAGCAGCUGUCUCGGCCGCGGCGGAGGCGGCGCGCGCUCCCAAGCGGUGCGCCGAGUGCGGUGAAAGAGAGUCGCAAAUGAUGGCGUUGCCGUGCCAGCACGCGGCGCUCUGUCGGUCCUGCUGGGAGGGUACCGCCGAGAGGUCGCGGUGCGCGCGGUGCAGCGCGUUGUGUGAGGUCGUGCUGUGCGUGCAUCGCCCUUGAGCGAUCUCCGUGGACGGACUACCCAGAGAGCAGAGUUUUUCGUCAAGAGCACAGGCUCCCUUACCAGACGAUGGAGAGGGGGGACGACACUGCUUCAGCAGCGUGCACCUCGAUCCUGUACCGUGUUUGUU